AUGCCAGACUGGACAAACGCUGGCGCGCAAGGUGGUGAUGAUGCGACUUUCCGCCGGGCCUUGUUUGCAGAGUCGCAGCAAAUGGCCAUGACACAGAUGAUGUCUGUCAGUCUCGGGCGGCUGACCGUCGGCAAAGCCUUGGAUGGGCUGGAUGUUGAGGAGACAGAGCCGUCAAUGGCCAUACGACCCGCAUCUCUACCAAAUGAUCGCUUUCAUGGGCCAUUUGGCGUGCUGCAUAUGCAAACUAGACAAUCUUCUGAGAUUUCAUCUUCACUCCCUGACCAUGGCCAUGAGUACCACGCUGAAGCUGGGAACAUGGCAUCGCAGUCGAAUUGUGCACCGACAAGCAGGCCGUCUCCUCAAAGUGCCGCAGAGCGAACACCGACUCUCCUUCAAUACUUCAAGAGCCAUGUAGUUUCGUUUUCGCAUGCAACGCGGCGCGAUACCACCAUCUGCCCUUGGCAAAACAUACAUGCUCCCGCAGCAGAGGCAACAUACGAAGAGCUGCGGCUUCGCAGUGUCCCCGCACCCACGGACCUAUCACUACUUAACUCCCUGUUGGCGUCGAGCUGUUUUCACCUCGCGUCUCGCGACACAGCUUCUGGUGCCAAGUGGGCCGAGCUGGGCGAACAGUACAAGCAAGAGGCGCGGCAGCACCUCGAUAUUGCCAUACAAGAGGAGAUACUGUCACUGACGCAGACAAACUACGAAGAGCUGUUAAUGGCGCUGCUCUCCAUGACUAUGCUCGAGAUACGGUGUGCCAAGUACAACGAGGCAGAAUAUCUUCUCUUGGAAGCCGAGUAUCUCAUUCGCACACGCGGACUGCUGAAAUCACACAAAACAUUGCAGCUACGCACGCUUCAUCACGUCUACACGUACCUCCGAAUCAUGACCGAGAGUACAUGCGGCUGCAUACUGCGGAACAUCUGUCCUGCGCGGCCGGGCUCACGGAUGAGCUUGGUUACGGAAGAGUCGAGGCACAAGCUGCGAAGCUUUCGCGUGGCCGACCAGAGCACCGAGUCGGACCUGCGCAUGAGCAUCCAGAAAAUUGCCCCAGCGGCGUACGAGGAUGUACACCUCGAAGUGAUGGGCGACUGGACGGAAUCGCUGUUUCCAGAGUUAUAUGGACUGCCGGAGAGCCUUUUGGGUCUGCUGUCGCAGACGAUCCGGCUGGCGAAUGAGCAGGAGCUACUGCAUCGAGACGCAAAUGUCGAUGUGGGCAUGAUUACCAACUUGUGCCGGCGGACAAAAGCUCUCGAGCAAAACAUCUUAUCGUGGAAGCUGCCUUGUGAGUCUAGCCACUGUGAUGCUCCUCGUCACUCAGUCGGCAGUCACCACCCUGCAACAAGCUCAGAUGGCCAAAUCAUACCCCGUCUGGCCACAACGUUUCAUCAAGCUGUCAUCUUAUUUUACUACAGGCGUGUGCAGAACAUCAAUGGCUUGAUGUUGCAAGAUGGGGUACAAAAGGUGCUAGCCAACUUGUCCGCGACAGACGAACCACACGAAACGGCACCGCUGCUCUGGCCCGCCUUUUUAGCAGCGUGUGAAGCCAUUGAGCCAUUCCUUCGUGAGGGUCUAGAUGACUGGCUUGUCCGGAUGGGCGAAAGAACUUGCAUACCGGCAUUUGGCGCAGUAGCGGAGAUGGCGAGGCAAGUGUGGGCACUGCGAGAGGAAAAGCGAGACUAUACACUGAGCUGGUUUGACGUGACAAACUUGGGUAGAUGCCCUAUUGUUGCCCUAUGA